ACCUCUGCACUGCAGCUCGGCGCUGCCUGCGAUAACCCAUCGUCGCCUCCGUCUUCUCUGCCCUCUCCUUCGCUUCCCCUUCUUCGCCAAAACCGCCUUCCCUUCUUCCUUUCUAACCUGGAGGUUCUCGCCGGAAAAAGGCAGCUCCAAAAGUGGAGAGAUUUCAAGAAACGGUGGGGGAGAGAGAAGGCCGGCACGGAGCAGCACUUGUCCAUUGCUGAUGAUGGUGAUGGUGCAAGGUUCUUGUUGCCUUGUUUGGUGAAAGAACAGCGAGAGGAAUAGGAAUCAAAGUUUGAGCUGGGAUUAUCACCUUUUCAUGGACGGGACCAACAAUCAUGGAGCACUGAUGGACGACUGGAUGCUUCCCUCACCCAGUCCAAGAACACUUAUGUCGAGUUUCUUGAAUGAAGGAUUAAGCUCUGGCUCCUGCUCCGAUGUUUUCGGUGACAAUGGCAGCAACAAGCCUCAGGAUGGACUUGGGAAGAGCAAAUCUUUUGUUGAUUCAAACCGGGAAGAAACUGCUCAGCUAGGAAAAAAGUUUGAAUCAAACCUUUUUGGUGCUAAUCAGAAAUCAAGCUCGAAUAGUUGUCUAUCAGAUAGGAUGGCUUCAAGGACCGGUUUCGGUGUGCUGAAAAUUGAUACAUCUCGUGUUGGCUAUUCUGCACCAAUUCGGUCUCCGGUGACAAUCCCACCCGGUGUGAGUCCAAGGGAGCUUCUUGAGUCGCCGGUUUUUCUUCCAAAUGCCAUUGCACAACCUUCUCCUACCACUGGCAAACUGCCAUUUUUGAUGUCUAGUAAUGUUAAACCAUCGAUCCCUAAGAAAACUGAAGAUGAAACGUGUCAUGAUGGCGUGUUCUUCUUUCAUCCCAUUUUGGGAUCUAAACCACCAUCUUUUCCGGUUGCAGAGAAGGGUUUCAGCGUUAAUCAUCAAAACCAACCUUCAGUGAAUGAUGAUCAUCAGGUGCUGAGUCUUCGGUCUAGCUCAACUGCGGCCAAGGAUGUCAGUACUGAAACUAUUGUUAAACCUAAGACAUCUGAUUCCAUGUUAGACAAUGGUGAUCACCCUUCUCCUGCCAAUGACCAAGAAGAGAGUUUAACAAACAGAAAUGAAGAGUAUUCUUCAGACCUGAUCAUGACCCCUGCUGAGGAUGGAUAUAACUGGAGGAAAUAUGGACAAAAGCAAGUUAAGAAUAGUGAGCAUCCCAGAAGCUACUUCAAAUGCACAUACCCAAAUUGCACUGUCAAGAAAAAGGUGGAGCGUUCUCAAGAUGGCCAAAUAACAGAGAUAGUCUAUAAAGGUUCUCACAAUCACCCUUUGCCACCUUCCAAUCGCCGAGCAAGUGUUCCUUUCUCAUGCUUCGAUGAUCUGAAAGAUGACAACUCUGAGAUCUUUGGUUCCAAGUCUGGCCAGUGCACAUCAACUUCAUGGGAUAAUGGUCCAAACAGUCACCUCCAAGAUGUGCAUAGUGAAGUUCUUGAGACAAAACCGUCUGCUUCUCUUGCAACAACAGAACAUGCUGAGACAUCUGUUAUGGACAAACAAGAAGCUGUGGAUAUCUCGUCGAAGCUCUCCAUCGAAGGGGAUGACAGGGUAACACACCGUGCCUCGCUUUCUUUGGGCUAUGAUGCGAAUGAAGACAAUGCUGAAUGCAAGAGAAGAAAGAUGGAUGUUUAUGGCGCUACUAGCAUUAGCACCAAUCCCAUCGACAUAGGAGCUGUGGCAUCAAGAGCUGUCCGGGAGCCUCGUGUUGUUGUGCAGACCACAAGUGAGGUGGACAUCCUUGAUGAUGGUUACCGUUGGCGUAAGUAUGGGCAGAAAGUUGUCAAAGGCAACCCAAAUCCAAGGAGCUACUACAAGUGUACCCAUCCGGGCUGCUCGGUGCGCAAGCAUGUGGAGAGAGCAUCACAUGAUCUGAAAUCCGUCAUCACGACGUAUGAAGGAAAGCACAACCAUGAAGUCCCAGCUGCCAGAAACAGUGGCCACCCAAGCUCAGGUUCAGCCGCUGCACCACAGGCUAAUGGCCUUCUUCUUCACCGGAGACCUGAACCAGCACAAGGUGGUAGCUUUCCUCAGUUUGGAGGCCCUGCUGCUUCCUAUGGCUCAGCAGCUGGUCACCCACCUGCAGAACAGUUUGGUGCAGCAGCAGCAGCAGGUUUUUCCUUUGGAAUGCUACCUCGUAGCAUUGCAAUUCCGGUGCCGGCUCCGGCGAUCACCGUGCGGGCGCAGACGGCUGGCCGUCCUCCGGCGAUGCAGGGGUACCCUGGGCUUGUGCUGCCGAGAGGCGAGAUGAAGGUGAACCUGUUGCCACAGACUGGCUUGCCGGCGGCAAAUGGGAGUACUAUAGCAGCAGGAGCACCUUGCCAGCAGCGGAUGGGCAGGUUGCCUCAGCCGGGUUCCUCAUCAGAUGUAAAUAGCAGAACAUGAUAUGCAUUUUCUGCUUAUGUAUAUGAAACAAUUUUGGUGUUUCUCUUUGUUAUUUUAUUGCAGUUCCAUUCUUUAUUUUUUUAGAAAAAAUGCAGAUUUUUCAGACAAAAGUAAGAGAAAAGGGGGGAGGGGAGACGUUCUGGAAGAGGGAAAUGGUUUAAUAAGGGUAGAACUAUUGGGUUGAUAUCUAAGGCAUCGGUGGUUUUAUCAUCAACAAAUUCAGUACUCUGAAAAACUGUAAAAUUAUGUCUUUUAUAUUGUGGCAGUCUUAGUCCAGAGUUGGCCAGUCAUUACCGUGUGAAUCUUGAAUUCAGAAU